CAUGCCGUCUCAGCCCAUCUCUGGCUUUCACACUUGCACGGUAUGGUUCCCACAGAGGGUUAAAAAGUAGGGCUGGAUCCCCUGAUGCUGUGAAUUGGCCUCCUGGCCCACACAGAGGGCAGGGUGGCUUGUAGCAAGCCAGCUUGUUUGCCUGGCACAUCACACUCCGUUGGCAAGUAUUGAUCUGGCUGGGGAAAACGGCUAACUGGGUUCUGCUGAGUCAGUGAGACAGGUAACACAAAGGGAGAUAGAGUUGAGAGAAUCUAGGGUGUGGGCUGAGCAGCCCUGAGGGAGGAACCGGACGUUUAUUUUCUCUCCCUCUUGUUUUCUGUGCAAAUAAAGCCAAAUUCCACCCUGGGGCGAGUGCGGACGGUGCAGAGAACGGGGCCUGUGUCUGAGGGCAGGUUGAGAAAGGCUCCCGUUUCCUGUUACACAAAAUUGCUCACCGGAGGCCCAGAGCGAUUCCUCCAGCAUGGGUGACUGGACGUUCGAGGGCGAUUUCUCUGACCUCUUCAAAGGCUACAAUUACACCGACUACAACACCGCCAACCCCAGUGCCGCGGCCGCCCCGUGCAAGCCCGACAGCCUGAACAUUAACAAGUACGUGGUGGCGGUGGUCUACUGCCUGGUGUUCCUGCUCAGCCUGGUGGGCAACUCCCUGGUGGUGCUGGUGAUCAGUUACAACCGGCAGAACCGCUCGGUGACCGACGUGUACCUCCUGAACCUGGCCAUCGCAGACCUCCUCUUCGCACUCACCCUGCCUCUCUGGGCCGUCUACCGGGCCCACGAGUGGAUCUUCGGCACCUUCAUGUGCAAAGCCAUCUCGGUCCUGCAGGAGGUCAACUUCUACAGCGGGAUCCUCUUGCUGGCCUGCAUUAGCGUCGACCGGUUCCUCGCCAUCGUCUACGCCACCCGGGCAGCCACCGAGAAGAGGCACUGGGUUAAAUUUGUCUGCUUGGGCAUCUGGGUUUUCUCCAUCGCACUCUCCCUGCCCAUCCUCCUCUUCCGCGAGGCCUUCCGGGCGCCGCACGGCGGCUUGGUCUGCUACGAGCGGAUUGGGGAGGAGAACACGGCCAAAUGGCGGGUGGUGCUGAGGAUCCUGCCCCAGACCUUUGGUUUCAUCCUCCCCUUGCUGAUCAUGCUCUUCUGCUAUGGGGUCACGGUGAAGACCCUCUUCCAGACCAAGAACAGCCAGAAGCAGAAGGCCAUGAAGGUCAUCUUGGCUGUGGUGCUGGUCUUCUUGGUCUGCUGGCUGCCCUACAACAUCACGCUGCUGGUAGACACCAUGAUGAGGACCCGUGCCAUCGCUGAGACCUGCCACCGGCGGAACCAGAUCGACGCUGCCCUGUCUGUCACCCAGAUUCUGGGCUUCACGCACAGCUGCAUCAACCCGCUCAUCUAUGCCUUCAUCGGGCAGAAGUUCCGAAACAGCUUCCUUAAGAUCCUGGUCUACCAUGGUCUUGUCAACAAAGAGUUCGUCUCCCGCUACGGACGGGGGUCCUCCUUUGCCUCCACCUCUGGCAACACCUCCACCACCCUGUGACGGCCACACGACUCCUCCACUCACCGGGGAUAGCAUCCCACCUCUGCUAGUGUCCAUGGCCAGCCUCAGCUUCUCAGGGUGAUCAGGACCAUGCAGAUUCUUCUAGCACUAUAGCCUCAGUUUACCAAGCCAACCAACACCAUCCAAACUCUUUUACCCAGCAUAGAUCAUUAUGCAGAUUACAAUUAUGCAGAACACAGCAGCAAAAAGAAGCUACCUCUUACAGGGAUAAUGCUAUGAAGAUCUUUCAACCCCUCCCUGCAGGAUAAUCAGAUUGUUCAACUGCCCAUCUCAGCCAGGUCAUGCCCAUUAAAAAAAUAAAUAACAACUCCAGACAAUCCAAGACUGCAUUUCUCUACGCGGCAUCCCGAGUUCCCAGUCCCCUCGCACAGUGGGGUUAGGAACGACAUCAGAAAAACUUCCUUUCCCUCAAAGGCGUGUGAAACGGAGAGUCAGAGUGCGGGGUGGAGGUAGCCGUCAACGUUAGUGGCUAUAAACUAAGACUGGAGAUAUAUCGUGCUAGCAGGAAUAUUGUCCUUAACUCUGCCCUUGCAGCUCCAUCAGCCUUUUACAUGCAUUUUGCAUAUUUCACAUGGAGAACUGAGUAUGGUUCUAUAUAUUUUUUUAGGUGCAGAAUUGAAAAAUGUAAUUUACCAAACCUUCCUUGCGUAACUGUGGUCAUCCCAACAUUGGAUUUGCAAUCAUUCGUUAAGACACUAAGAGAUGCUGGUUUAAUGGGAAGGAGAGUGCUUCAUGCCCUCGUGGAACAGGAAGGAUUAGGGGGUGUAUGAAUGUUAGCUUUACAUCUGUUGACUGUACCAUGAACAUGGAAUCGUUUUCCUGAGCAGACGAGGAUUGCUAGUUGGACGGGCUUCGAUAGCUAUGCUGAUAUGUUACCACGAUAGGCACUGUAGUGAAACCGUAGCUAGCUGGAGGGUCAGAGGUUUGGAUGAAUGCUUGAUAUUUGAAUUGUCGAAGUGUCUUUAUAUUUGUGCACAGUUAUGACCUCUGGAUAAAUUAGAACAAGGCAGGAAAGUUGUUUUUAAAAUACAGUUGUGACAAAAGUUCCACGCAGCUGCAAUAAGGUUUACUUUCAGUUUUAGUGGUGAAAACCUGGGCUUGUCAUCAGCAUUUUUCACUUCUAAAAAUAUAGCUAAUAAACUCUUGACUUCUACAGU